AUGCAAAAUAUCGAAGCAAGUUUAGAGCUUUCAAUGAAUACACUCGCUGCAUCUACAAGUAAUUAUUAUACUAUUGUUAAUCAACGACAAGAUUCUAAACAGAAUAGAGAUACUAUAAAUAGAAUUAGACAGAUAUUUGAGUUAGGUACAUCAUUGUCGAAAGAACAAAUGGACAAUAAUAGCUUCGUGGAAGAAUUUGAAAGAAUGACAAAGUCACUUGCACAAGAAAUUCAAGGAUGUCUUAAUGCAAGGACUCAGCAACAUAUCUGGCAACGCUCCAGAGGUCAGCGAUUGGCUUUUUGGUUACAAUGA